GCAAAGCAGGUGCUGGUUAUGUCGUGGAAAGGAAGACGAGCCGUAAAGCAGACGCUGGCUGUGUCGUGAAGGCGGAGCUGCCCCGUCCGAUGCAUUGAGCAACCCCGGACUGAGCAGCGAAGCUUCGUCGUUUUGGGGCUUCUGUAAACAACAAGCUUAAAUUCCUCAAAGAAAUGUUUGAAUAAGACCCAGUGGAAAUAAUGCGCGGCGGCCAGCACCUUAAUGAGAAGCUUCGAAGCAAGGAUUCACCAAUGUCUCCAUUGCCUGUGAAAAUCACAUUCCCAUAAAAAGGUGAAAUCAAAACAAAAAGCCACUGACCUUAAUACAAGUUCAAUUUCACCCAGUCCCUUAACGGACUUCUGGAUGUAAUUCUUCUCAAGAAGAUAUUCAACCUGGGUAUGAAGACUGAGGUAACACCUGAUGCACCCAAAAGACAGGAGAGUUCAAAGGGGGCAUUGUUGAACCCUGAGCCAAUUUUGGCAACAAAAAGUUUUAGUACAGACGUUGAAAUGAUUGCAAGGAAAGUUGAAAAUGAAUACUCUCAUAUUUGUGAUUCUGGAAAGCGGAUAAAGGACAUGAAUGGAAACAGACUAGAACAGGAGAAAAUGAUUGUUGUCAGAAAAAAGCGUAAGAGCCAGCAGGCUGGUCCCUCAGAAACUCAAAACUCUGAUUUCAAAGAUCGCCAGGGUAAUGUUAGUCUGAGGCCGAGUGUACGCCCGCCAGACCAUGCAGAUGACUCUUCGUUUAGUGACUGUGUUUCAUCGCCUUCUUCGAGUCUACAUUUUGGUGACUCUGACACAGUGACUUCAGAAGAAGAGGAGAUUCCAGGCAGACAUUCCCAGGCAGUAUUGAGUAGCACAAGUAGAACAGUUCAUUCAAAAAUGCACAAGUGGCCUCGGUCUGAGCAGGAAUCUAUAUCAGGGAUCUUAAUCAAGCGACCUUGUCUCCCGAACAGCAGUCUACGAAGGUCUCAACAGAGAAAGAAAUUCACAAAACCCAAUCCUUCUCAACGGACUCAAAAGCAGAAGGAACGGAUUUUAUUACAGAGAAAGAAAAGGGAAGUGAUUGCUCGCAGGAAAUACGCCUUGUUGCAAAGUUCUAGCAGUUCAGGUGAUAAUGACCUUAGCAGUGAAUCCUCCUCCAGCUCUUCAACUGAAGAUGAGGAUUUGUAUGUGUCGAGGAAUGAAAGCCACCAAAAUAGUACAACAGUUGCCUCAGGAAAUAUUGAUGAGGAUGUUGUGGUGAUUGAGGCCACCUCAGCUCCCCAGGUUACUGCCAAUGAAGAAAUCAAUGUUACCUCAACGGACAGUGAAGUGGAGAUUGUCACUGUUGGGGACAAUUGCAGGUCUUAUACCACACUUCUCGGCCACUCAAGGGUACACUGGGGCCAAAGUACUAGCUCACAAAACAGACCUCAGGAGCAGCGGAGCCGAAAUAGAAUAUCUACAGUUAUCCAGCCGUUGAGACAAAGCACAGCAGAGGUGGUGGACCUUACUGUGGAUGAAGAUGAACCCACAGUGGUGCCAACUACCUCUGCUGCUAGAUCGCAACCAGUCAAUAAUGUACCUACCUCAGGCCAGAUCUCAAGUAUGACUCCAGGUCCUUCUACCGCCCAGCCUUCCUCUGUGACAGAGUCAACAGGAGUCCCAGCAACCAUUGAUGAGGCAGGCCCUUCAGUCGUGGAUGAUGCUCGCAGAGUUGGGUCAAGUGCAGUGCCUGAAGCUGGUCCUGGGGCAAUGCCAAGGCUCCCAUCCUGCUGCCCUCAACAUUCACCAUGUGGAGGAUCUUUACAAGGCCACAAUUCAUUAGGACAUAUUCAUGCAAGCUGUCUUCAGCAACAUAACCAUCAGUUUCAACACCACCCUGGUGCCCACUCUGCAGUGCCACAAUCAAUGCCUUCAUUUCCUGAAUCAACCUGUCCUUUAGAGAGGCCUGCUGUUGUGCCAGCACCUUGCGGUGCUAACGGAAACACGGGUGGCCAGUAUCAUGAUCAGACUCUGCCUGUUGAUUUAAGCAGUGGUGGUGUUCGGAGCCAUGCAAGUGGAAAUUUCCAUGGGACAUCUGCAUUUGAUCCGUGCUGUCCUGGGUCUUCCUCACGCACUGCAGCUUAUGGAGUGCAGGCUACUGCAGGAACAAGUCAGCAAGUAGCUGUUGAGGGGUAUAGUUCUGGGCUGGUUGGACAGGCUCCAGGUCAACCACAACCACCACUCACCUCCUGCCGACAUUAUAUGCACUCAACCUAUGCCCCAUUACCAAGACCACUGCAUCAUCAGGCCACUACAUGCCCACACGCGCAUGGAAAUCCUCCCCCUCCACCACAACCUCCUCCCCAACCAGAAUAUGCUAUUCCACAUCCAGUGCACCCUUUCCAUCCCCAGAUUCCUUCGCAUCCUUCAACUCACGCUGUACCACCAGCACCCCCACCUCCGCCACAACACCUUCCUGCAGCGGCAGCAGCAAUGCCACACCAUAUCCCUGCUCCACCACCUUCAUCUCAACGACUGCAUCACCAUGAAAUGCUUCAGAGAAUGGAGGCACAGCGAAGACGAAUGAUGCAACACCCAACUCGAGCACACGAGCGACCUCCACCACAUCCACAUCGCAUGCAUCCUAAUUAUGGCCACGGACAUCAUAUUCAUGUUCCCCAGACGAUGUCAUCACAUCCUCGACAGCCACCAGAGAGGCCAGCCUGGGAACUGGGUAUCGACCCAGGGGUGACAACAGCACCAUAUCCAGCAAGUCACCUUCCCCCUCACUUGGCUCAUUAUCAUCCACCUCCACCUCCUCGACUUCACCAUUUCCCAAUCGGAGCACUACCGUUUAUGGCUGUACCACCAGACAUGGCAGGCUACCCUCACAUCCGCUACAUCUCCUCAAGGUUGGAAGGAAGGUUUCCAGGCCUCCGAGCCACCUAUGAGGAUUUACUGCAUUUAGAAGAACGUUUGGGUAAUGUUAAUCGUGGUGCCUCACAGGGUACAAUUGAGAGAUGCACAUACCCACACAAAUAUAAAAAGGCGAUAACUGACUUACAGAGGAAACUGCAGUACAAACAGGAGGAAGAGAAUGGAAUAGAGGAUGACACUGAGGAGAAAUGUACCAUCUGUCUGUCUAUUCUAGAAGAAGGUGAAGAUGUUAGACGUCUUCCCUGCAUGCACCUCUUCCAUCAAGUGUGUGUGGACCAGUGGCUGACUACCAACAAGAAAUGCCCCAUCUGCAGAGUGGACAUUGAAGCUCAGCUUUCUGCAGAUAGUUGACAUCUUAUUCAGUAACUGUCCUCAGUACUGCAGUCAACCAAAGAUGGCAUGAAUAACCUGCGCAGAUUCAAAAGCAUUGAACCUAGAGUGCGGCUACGCCACAUAGUACAAUUUAUGCUAGGCCUACAAUGAUAUUUCAGUAUAGAGUUUAAAUUUUAAUGUAUUUAUGAAGCUUUUUUAUGUGGCUUUUUAUGUUUUUCCAAGUCAUUUUAUUUUGCAUGGUUCCUUGGAUUGCAUUUCUUUGCACAUAACGGGCUUUAUGUCCUCAGACUUGCAGGCAAGAUUAGCUGCUCUAGAUAGAAAUAAGUCAUUUUCAUGAUGCCUUGCUUUACUGGAAUAGAAUAUGUCAUCAGUCACUAACCCUGGACUUUAAUUUAAACAUUUAUAUUAGAUUGUGUAUAUAGAUUGUGAUCUGUUCAUUAAGGAGGAAUAUCAAGACAUUCCGUGAUUAGGAAAACAGCUGCUGUAUUGUAGAACUCACCAUCAGACAGCACACAAUGAAUCAAUGGGAUCCCAUCCUAAACAAUUGCCAUUACAAGCAUAUAUCCAACCAUUUACUAUUUAGGUUUUUAAUAAAAAUCCAUUCUUAUUUGGCACAAUGAUAGAUGUAAUUUUUAAGAAUGUCAAUAUUCUACAAGACUAAUGAAUUUGCAAAUUUUUAUUUCAUAGUUUUCUUUCACUUUGUUUUUUGAUUUACUUUGGUUUUCCCUUUUCUUUACAAAUUUAGCUGUUUGGCUGCCAUUAAACAGCUCUAACACUAAUGUUAUCUAAAUUAGCUGUAUUGCGUAUACUUGCACAUCUGAUUUGUAAUGGUGAGCUAGUCAGAUUGUAGAACAAGGUUCUGUAUGAAGUCAUCAAUAAGCACGUCUAGGUAAUGUAUUUGAAGGCAGAUUGCAGAAUUAUGGCUGUUAAAGAUUCAGGUGAAGUGUUGGAAUGCAGUACCAAUAGCAGGUAUACAUGCAUUCAUAGAAUUGUAAAGGUCCCUGGAUGCAUUUUUAGGGGGUCUUAGUUUUAAAGUUAAUAAAGAUAGUUAACUCCAUGUUGGCUGUUUUAUCUCUUAUAUUCACUGUUUCUCUGAUUGUACUUACAUAAAAUUCACAAGAUGUGUUGCUA